GCUUUGGCAGUCAAUGAGGACGAGAUAACAUCACUGCCGGGUCUCUCGGAUGCCAUAAAAUUCAAACAAUAUUCCGGUUAUUUGAAUGCAUCGAAAGGAAGACAUCAUUUCUAUUGGUUUGUUGAGAGCGAAACCGACCCCCAAACCGCACCGGUAGUGCUAUGGCUGACGGGAGGGCCCGGAUGUAGCUCUCUAUACGGUAUGUUUACCGAAAACGGACCCUUUCGGGCCAAUGAAGACGGAAAGACACUAUCACUCCAUGACUUCGCGGCUAACAAAGUGGCGAAUAUGAUAUACAUGGAGUCUCCCGUUUCCACGGGAUUUAGUUACGACGAGAUGACUGACAAACCCUAUAACAACGACGGGACCACCGCUUAUGACAACUACUUAGCCCUCGAAAACUUCUUUGAAAAGUAUCCACAUUUAAAGAAAAAUCCGUUUUACAUAACGGGCGAGAGUUAUGGAGGCGUUUAUAUACCAAUGUUAGCGCACGAAAUAUUCAAACGAAACUCAACCAUCAAUUUGAAGGGUAUAGCCGUUGGGAACUCAUUACUUAAUGGAUUAAAAGAUAUUCAAUCUUCGCUGGAUUUUGUUUUAUUACACGGAUUAGUAACCACCGAUUGGUACGCGAAAAAGAUAGAGGCCUGUUGUGAGUGUACGGCCGGCACUCAACACGAGUGUGACUUCAGUAAAGCUCCCAAUAAAACGAAAUGCGAAUCCAUUCCUAUGGUUGUAGUGACAACUCCUAAUCCAUACAAUAUAUACGACGAUUGCGUUCCCGACCUGUUUAAGCAAUCCGUGUUCAAUACAUACCAUAUGCAACACUUCGAGAAUAUGGGAAUCAAAUUCUCAACCACUGAUGGAUUGAAGCCAAACGCUAAACCCAAGUGUCCAGUGAAUGGUCACACGCCGUACUUCAAUGACCUGACCGUUCAAAAAGCUAUACACGUAAGGGAAGGUGGGGUGCGUUGGUCCGCCUGUAGUGGUGCUUACGACAAGACGCAUGCCUUUACAUCUCAAGAGGAGAUUGCCUUUGAUUUGAUCCAUAAGUACAAAAUCGGUCGUUUUGUUGUAUAUAACGGAGACCUCGAUAUCAUGUGUGACUUUAUAUCGGAUCAACGCUUCGUUGAUGGGGUCGCCGCCGCCACACAAAGCAAAAAACUUGAAAACUAUCGAAUUUGGAGAGAAGACGGAAAACCCGACGGAAGGAUCGGUGGUUUUGUUCAGCACUACGAAAAUGGCCUGAGCUUUGUGUUAGUCCGCGAUGCGGGACAUAUGGUGCCCGAAGAUAGACCCGAAGCAGCCCUUCAAAUAUUUAAGCAUUUAUUCGGCAUGGUCAAACUU